CGCGAGAUUCUCGAGCGACCGGCCCCGGCAGCCAGCAUGGCGGACUCCUUACUGCUGCUCAAGCGGGUUCCCUCCCGCCACACGUGGCUGCGGGCCCGCAAGGCCCGGCCCCAGCUCAUCCUCAGCCGCCGGCCCCGCCGCCGGCUCCGGAACCUGCGCUGGCGCAGCCGAAGGCGGCUUCGGCGACGGCUGCUGCAGGCCCAGGCAGCCGGCUCGGACUGGCUGCAGGGCGGCUGUCUGGUGUCCGGCGACGCGGCGCUCCAGAGGCUGAAGAUCUCGGCUCGCGGGCGGGCCUCCAGCCCCGAGCCGGCCGAAGACCCGGUCCCGAGUGGUCCCGCGAUCCUCCCCAUCCCGCCGGUGCGGCCGGCUGGCUCGGGCCGCGCUGUCCUGCUGCUGCCGCUGGGGCAGGGCUUUACUUUUAGUGGGAUCUGUCGUGUGACCUGCCUCUACGGCCAGGUGCAGGUGUUUGGUUUUACCAUCAGCCAGGGCCAGCCUGCCCAAAAUGUCUUCUCCACCUACACCCACUCUCGCCUGACCAUCAAUGCUGUUCAUUAUUCAGUGCAUGAGAAAAGCAAGAAGGAGAUGAAAAGAGAAGCCCGAAUUCUGCUCAGACCUUAUCUGAACCAAGAUGACAGAUAUUGUUUGAUGAGCAGUUUUUCUCCUCUGUGUUCCAUCGUGUUGCUGGAACGUCUGAAAACCUCCACCGUGAACUUUAUAAUCAGCCAUCCAGGUUUAUCUUACAUUUUCGUACAAGAGGUCCGGACUUUCCAGAUUAACUCUGAGUAUUUUGCCUUGAGAUCUGUGGGUAUUAGAAGAGAGAAAAAAAAAACUGGCUUGCGUUUAACGGAGAGCGCCUUUGCAGUCAUGGAAGAGUUAGUGAGCAUUUCUAGCGAAGAAGCAGACAGCUGUCCCGUCAUUCUGGUUUGUGGCUGCCAGGACAUUGGAAAGUCAACAUUUAAUAGAUACCUCAUUAACCAGCUGUUAAAUAGUAUAUCCUGCGUUGAUUAUUUGGAAUGUGAUCUGGGGCAGACAGAAUUUACUCCUCCAGGUUGCAUUUCUUUGCUUAAUAUUACAGAACCAGUUCUAGGACCACCUUUCACCCACCAGAGGACACCCCAGAAAAUGGUCUAUUAUGGGAAAACUUCUUGUAAAAACAACUUUGAAAACUAUAUUGAGGUAAUAAAGUACGUUUUCAGCUCCUACAAGCGAGAGUCCCCUCUUAUCAUCAACACCAUGGGCUGGGUGGCAGACCAGGGUCUCCUGCUUCUCAUUGACCUGAUCCGCCUGCUGUCACCCAGCCACGUCGUCCAGUUUAGCUCGGACCGGAGUAAAUACAUGCCAGACCUCACCCCCGAUUUCGUGGACGACAUGGACGGCUUGUACACAAGACGCAGGUCCAGAGUCAGAAACAGAGGUUUCCACCUGCCCGAGUUUGCUGAGAGUUUGGAGUUUGCUGACGAAGAAAAAGAGAGUCCAGUUAUGUCUACGGGAUACAAGCUGAUGUUCGUGAAGUCAGAGUUUGUGACUGGAAAAACGUCCAGGAAUAGAGAGUCACAUAACAGGAUCCUCCGUGAGCUGGCAGUGCUGGGUUACCUGAGCCAGUUGCAGCCCCCAGUGCCGAAGCCACUGUGUGCCGUACACGGUCUGACCCCCUAUCAGGUCCCUUUCAAUGCCGUCGCGCUCCGGAUCAUCCACGCUGAUGUGGCCCCCACCCACAUCCUGUACGCCGUGAAUGCCAGCUGGGUCGGGCUCUGCAAGAUCUUGGAUGACGUCAGGGGAUACGCCAGCGGGCCCAUCCUGCUUGCCCAGAGUCCCAUCUGCGAUUGUGUGGGGUUUGGGAUUUGCAGGGGGAUCGACAUGGAGAAGAGGCUUUACCACAUCCUCACUCCCGUGCCCCCAGAGGAGCUGAGACACGUGAACUGUCUGCUGGUUGGGGCCGUGAACAUCCCACAGUGUGUUCUCAAGAGCCAGGGUGGGCUCGAAGGGACCAUACCUUAUGUCACAACAGAUUAUAAUUUUAAACUUCCUGGAGCAUCAGAGAAAAUUGGAGCAAGAGAAAGUGGGGCAACGUAUAAAGAGAAAGGACAUCCCAAACCUAAGUUCUAUCGAAAAACAUACUGAUGUUCUUAAUACAGGAAGGACCUUCCUCCCAGAAAGCUUGACCAUCUCCAGCCUGGCAUCAGUGGACGAUGGGGUUCUGUGACCGUGAACAGAACAGCGUGCUUACGUAGCAAACAGUGCAGUGUUUCCUACGUAGCUCAUGGAUGCAUUUAGAGUACGUACACUCUUUAAUCGACAUGACAGAGGUUUUUCCUAGUCUUCUGUUUCAUUUUCUAAAGGAAUCAAGAAGCAGGGACGAGUUCGUGCAUCAUUGAAACAGAACAUGGUCGAUUCCUCAUGAAGUUUUUCAAGGACCUGGUUGCUGGUAUCUGGAUAAAAAUAAGAGAAACCAGACCACAGAAAUGUCUCAAAGGGGAAAGCAGGACAUCUGGUGGGAUGGAGAGCAUAGAAAGGUACAGAGUUGCCCUGUGGUCCUCGCUUGGGGGGUGCUCCCAGCCCUGCUCACUGGAUGCUCCCUGGCCUCUUCCAUACACAUGGGUUGAGGAUUAUGCUUAUAUUUGGUGUUAAAUUUAUUCAAGGUUUGAUAGAUAAAAGUUUGCCUCAAGAACCCUUCAUCUUUUAAAAAUCUGAUGCUGAAAAAUUUUACCUUGAAAAAAUGCUCUGAAACCCAGGAAGCUUGUCCUGGGGCCUCUUUAAAACUCAGUUUGUCCUGAUUGACUUCUCAUCUGAGAUGGAAACGCACAGUGAGCAGAGUCAGAAACCAGGCUGUUUGGACCAAGGCCCAGCGGAGCAGCUCCUGCUGUUGGUUUCGGUGGCUGGACACGAGCUCCAUGCCAGUGGUGGUGUUGGACUCCCAGGGGCUUCGGAGGAAAUGGCGGGCCCCCCUUCUUCAUCUUCUCUCCGGAGUCAGCAUUCUUUAACCUCCAGGGUUGGAAAUGGUUUGGUAAACAGGCGGGCCAGUUCACAUCACAUCGUGUCUGCGUUUAGGACCCUGAGAUGCCUACAGAAGCAGCAUUUCGUCCUGGUGCUCUGCAUUCCAGCUUCCGAGCAGGACACCUCGAAGGACCACUGUUAGGAUGAGGGUUUUUACGGUUUACGUCCAUUUAAGGUGUUGAUCAUCAUUGUCUUCAGUGUUCUGGGGGCCGAUCCCUCAUCUCAUAGAGCCCUUUUCACCCUCCAGGAUCGGCUUUGCUAUUCAGAGACCAUUUAAAGUCUAGUUUCUUAGUUGCAUCUUAUUUAUAUCUAAGUUUAACUUGUACAUACAUGUUCUGUCUUGGCCUUGCGGUGACUUUUGCAGUCGAUCCACCAUCAACUUUUUUUGCCUUCUUCACAAGUUCCUGUAUCAUUACAGUGAUGCUUAAGGUUUUUAGCAGUAAGUCUUGGGAAGAAUGAAAGUGGUGAUCUGUCAUUUGCAUUUUCAUUGAAUCCUGACUCAUUAAGUCCUGGUGGGCUGUUUCCUGCGGGCCUUUAAGGUUGCCCGUCAGUCCCCAUUGGUAAGGAAAACAGCGUUGCCACUAGAGGGAGCUGUCAGCCAUUGGUCAGCUGGCCACGCGGGGCUGGAGAUGGCGGAGGAGCCCCUGGAGGCCUUUCUCAGCGUCUAGAGAUGCUGGAGACGGCCCUGUGGUCAGCGCCUGGGUGUGCCAGUCAGACGGGCAGCGGUGCACACACCCUGGGUGUGGGCCUGUUGGAUAAUCAGCGUUGAUGGUUCAGGCUUCUGUCACUUCCACAGCGUGUGUUGCUUCAGGAUGGCCAGUGAGGGCUCUGUGUUGGAGAUACACUUGGCAAAUACUCCUGGGACCUCCCUAGUGGUCCAUUGGUUAGAGCGCUGCGCUUCCAUGGCAGGGGGCAAGGGUUCAAUCCGUGGUCGAGGAACUAAGAUCCCGCAUGCUGAGUGGGACGUGAAAAACCAAACAACUCUUAGUCAUUUCUGUGUGAUUGUCAAAGCGGUACAUAACUUAUUUUAAGAAAAUCAAAUUAGUAUCUGAUUUAGAACAUGGAAACCCUCAAUCACUGAUUUUGUGGUUUGUUAAAAUCAAUUCUUCAGACCUGUUUUUAGGUCAGGUAAACAUGAAAAGUGGAAAAAAAUCCUCCAAUUUUAGGGUUGAUUUAAUUUUGUGAAGAAAGGUAGUUCUGUUGUUCCCAUCUGUCCCCAGGUAGGUCUUGGGGACAGGAACCAGUUUGUCCUUGGAGACCCCAGUGUAGAACUGAAGUUUGAGAAAGGGGAGAGGAGUAGGUGAGCUGGCCUUGGGAUUAUGACUUUUGAGAAAACAAACUCUUGAGACUGGCCACCUGGAGAGGAUAUGGGGGUGGAGAGGACGUGGUGAGGCCCCAGCUGAGCCAAGGGGCCCCCCUUGCUGAUAUCAGGACCCCUGUGAUGGGCAGGUCCCCACCCUCGCGGAUACUCAGGUUUCUGCCCAGAAGAUGGUGUGAGGAGGACCAAGUGACACGGAAUGGUGAUUUUUAGAUUGUCUGCUCAUUCUUUCCCUUAGAUUUGGGUGAGGCCAUGUGGCUGUUACCAUGGCAGGCUGUGAUGUUGGAGCUCCAAGUCCGUGUCCUGACUGGGCCACCACCUGCCAGUGUAGCUUUGAGGGGUGUUUCACUUGAGCCUGUGACCUUCUUUAAGAUGGGUGGGUGGCGCUUCUCUCCGGUCCCUGCAUGAGGAAGGCGUGAAAUGCAUCCACAGCAGGCCUAGCAGUAACUCCUGGCCUUUGGCCUUUCUCUGGCUGGGUUGUAAAUCCUAGCAGACAGGAGGAAGACUGUGUUCCUCAGAGUCACCUUGGGUCGGAGUGGAAACUCAGUGUUCACAUCUGAAAACAUCUUGCCACGGCCCCCAGGCAGUGGCACCGUUCUUCCUGCUGUGGGUCCUGCUCAGGCUCCCACCCAUCGUCACCUGCCCCUGGGAGUUUUUCAUAAGCCCUGCUAUUGCUUUUAAAAUCCUGCAGUCAGCUCACCUGUGUAGGAAACGAUCCUGAAGUCCACCACCAUGUUAUCACUGUUGACGCCGUGACCUGUCUCACCCAGUAUUUUUCUAAACUGCACAUGUGCGUUUGUGUGUUUUACAAACCUGUUUGUCCAAUUGUAUGUAUGUUUUCUAUCCAGCUUUUUUCACUUACAUGUGAACUUCUGUAUCAAUAAAUAUUUUUGAGAAUGUAAA